ACGCCCAAGAUUCCUCCUAAUCCAAGCUCCAUUCCCCAUUACGUGACACUGUCCCAUCCCCAUUCCCGAAUCCUAUUCCACGGAGCCGUUGGAAUCCCAUUCCGAUUCCACGGAGCCGCUCCCUCCGAUCUAUUCCGUCAUAGUUCCGAAUAUUUGAUCCGAACGAGGACCCUAGUUAGUCCCUCUGUCUGCUUCGCUUCCCGCGUUCUAGCGCGCAUUCUAGCGCGCAUUGGCGCAAAAUGCCGAAGAAACUAGCGCCCAACACCAAGGCGGAGGAAGCGCGCGAGCGCAAGGCGGCGGCGGCGGACGAUAAGAAACGCGCGGCGGAGAAAGCCAAGGAGGACGCGCGAUGGGCGGAUGACGCCCCCAAGGGCCGCGCCGCGAAGAAAAAGGAGGAGGACGAGCAGAAGCGCGUGGAAGCCGCCGCGAAACGCGCGGAAAAGAAGCGACUCGAGGAGCUCGAGGCGAAGGAAAUGGCCAAGAUCUCGGGGAAGGGCGUAUCUGGGGGGGGGGGCGGAGGCGGAGGCGCUGGCGCGGGGGCUCGGCGCGCGGGUGCGGGGAGCAGCAGCGGUGGUGGAAGCGCGAAAGUAACCCAGGCGGAGCUUGCGCGGAUCAAGGAGCGCGAGCAGCAGGAGCUGGCGGGCGCGGAGGCGGAGCGGCGGAAGAAGGCCGCGCGCGUGGCGGAAGAGGCGGAGUACGCGCGGAUCUUAGAGGUGGAAAACACCAACCGCAUGGCGGUGGCGGUGGAUGCGCGAAACGUGGGCGAGGCGCUGAGUCAGCUGAGCGUGGCGGCUGGCGACGAAGGGAGCAGUAGUGUGGAUAAGCACCCGGAGAAGAGAAUGAAGGCCGCCUUCAAGGCCUUCGAAGAGUCGGAGCUCCCUCGCCUCAAGCAGGAGCGGCCUGGCUUGACCCUGACGCAGUACAAGGAGCAGAUCUGGAAGCAGUGGAAAAAGUCACCACAGAACCCCAUGAACCAACAGUGAUCGUUCUUUUGAGUCGACUCAAAAGCUUCCUCCUCGUAUCAAGCAGGAGUGGCCUGGCUUGACCCUGAGUCCUGAGUCCUGACCCAGUACAAGGAUCAGACCUGGAAGCAUUGGAAAAAAUCGCCACAGAACAGAACCCCAUGAACCACCAGCGAUGGCGCUCGUUGAAAAGAACAGUAGGUAGGUAGGUACUACCAGUGGUGGGGUGGUGGUAGUGGGUGUACUUCAGUAGUAAAGAAGACCGUGCUACAUUGUUAGGUUAGGUGUUGUUGGAAAUAUCUCAAAGGACUUGAGCGUUUCUGAAGCGUAACACUGCACUCGAGGAAGACUACAAGGGAGCACGCGAGUCAACGGAGGUUACAUGAGGGGGCGGACAAAGAAUGCGAAAAGACUCGAAAGGUCGCAACUGGAGGUUGCGACUGACCGUUACAACAUCACGGAUGGUAACCGAAGCGGCAGUCGAGUCGCUGUGCGACUCGAUAAACCAUUCUUGUAACUUGUAACACUGCACUCGAGGAAGACUACAAGGGAGCACGCGAGUCAACGGAGGUUACAUGAGGGGGCGGACAAAGAAUGCGAAAAGACUCGAAAGGUCGCAACUGGAGGUUGCGACUGACCGUUACAACAUCACGGAUGGUAACCGAAGCGGCAGUCG